AUGGGAGAAAACUCAUCCAAAGAAGAACUUCAAGAAAAUGUAGAGGUCAACAGCAACUUUGUAGUAAAGAAUAAAUAUCUCAGACCAGAUACAGAGUUAAAGGUACAAGAUGGAAUUAUAGUUUUAAUAUUAAGUUUUGUAUUUGGUAUCUUCGUAACUCUGGUGAUAGAGGAGCCUGGAAUAAUGCUCCAAAAGACAUAUUUACCUCAAAUUAGUAAAUGGCGAAAAAGUUCUCUUGAAGCUAAAAGUACUGAAUUAAGAAAAUAA